CAGCAUCGUCCAUUGGGCGAACAGAAGGUAAGAGACGGACCUUUUGCUAUCCUGAGAACUAUUGCGAUUAUAAGUCGUAUCGCAGCAGUGGAGAAAUGCUACAGACAAUCUUAUCUGGAAUAGAUAUAUGAUGUCUGGUUUUUUCUUUCCUCACAUGUUUCUUCAGCUACCAGAUCAAUCAUGUCUUCGACUUUAGCACUCUUGUCAAAGCACAGAGGCGCGGUCUCCGUUGCCGCAGUGGCUAACACAGCUUCUAUGCUGUUUGGCUACGAUACAGGAGUCGCUGGUUCUGUAGUCGCACUAAGAAGUUUUUCUUCAGAGUUCAAACUCUCGACAAGCCCUGCACAUUCGGCAUACAUUUCCUCCAAUAUUGUAGCUCUUCUCAAUGCCGGUGCAUUCUUUGGAGCUAUAGUUCCGGCCCUUCUCACGAAAUACAUCGGUCGAAAACCAACCAUGACUAUUGCGGCCGCUUUUUUCAUGCUAGGUGGAAUUCUUCAAACUGCAGCUCAGCCACCUUCUCUGUCUAUGAUUUAUGCUGGUCGUGUUAUCGCAGGCUUUGGUGUCGGCAUGGUUAGUAAUCUUACUCCUGUUCUUGUUGCCGAGACUGCACCGAAAGAAUUGAGAGGAUUCCUUAUGGGACUCUUCGAAAUGUUCCUUGUGAGUGGUGGAUUAUUGGCUUAUUGGACAACAUAUGGAUGCUCGUUACAUUUAGAGGCUACGAGCAAACAGUGGCGAAUUCCAUUGAGCAUCCAGAUUAUCCUCGCUGCAAUCAUUAUGAUCGGAUCAUUCCUUAUAAUCGAAUCUCCAAGAUGGCUGGCCAAACAAAAUCGAUGGGAUGAAGCCGAACACGCCUUGUGUUAUCUCCGAGGCUCAACAUCGGAGGACUUGGACAUCAAGACUGAAAUUGCAGAGAUGCAUGCGCAAAUUGAAGAGGAAAUUGCCGCAACUUCUGGUAGAUCGAUUACCGAACUGUUUCAAUCCAGAAACCUUCUUCGUCUUGUUUGGGGAUGUGGUGUCUCCUUCUUUAGCAUCUGGUGUGGACACAACGGAAUCCUGUACUACGGACCAACAGUUUUCAAACAAAUUGGGUUUACCGCUCAGAAUGCUGCUCUCUUUGCCAGUGGAAUCUUCACCUGUCUUAAAGUGGCUACUACUAUUAUUUUCUUGAUCGCAGGAAUCCAACAUUUCAAGAGGAAAAAUCUAUUGAGUAUCGGUAGUGCUGGCAUGGCAAUUUGUAUGUUUGCUCUUGGUGCAGUCCUAGCCACACAUCCACCAACCGCUGGAAGUUUAACAAACGAUACGCCAAGUGGAAAGGGAAUGAUGGCAAUCAUUUACCUUUUCGUCGUAUUCUAUUCAAUGUCUUGGGGUCCUAUCGCUUGGGUCUAUAUUGGAGAGAUUUAUCCUACUCGAAUUCGUGAUUGGGGAAUGGCUAUCAGUGUUAUGGUUGUGUGGCUUUUCAACUAUGUCGUUUCCCGAGAAACUCCCAUCGCAGUGUUGAACAUUGGAUGGAAAACAUGGAUGAUUUUCGGAACAUUUAACUCGGUCGCAUUCAUCUUCACUUUGUUCCUUCCAGAGACCAAAGGCUUGAGUUUGGAGGAAAUGGAUGUACUCUUCAAAGUUGUUAAUGAAGAUGUCAGAAGGAAGGACGUCGAUGAGCAUGUUGUUGCACCACUGGAUGGUAGCGAGAAGAGUACAAAUGCUGAAACGGUCAGGGAGGUCUAAGUUGUGUUAUGGAUGUGUAUGAUGUUAACGAUGCGUUGCACUGUGUAGAUAUCUCCAGUGAAAGUUCUCACUUGAACUCAAGAAAAAAUGUUGUGAAAUGACACUUGUUGUGUGCGUACUUCUCUCCUACCACUGUAUAUUACUACAACGCGUCUUGGCCUGUCGUGAAAAGAUUAGUACUGUCGAGUGUCUUGACUCUGUACAUCUUACCGUUCCCAUGAUGAAGUCCACCCCAGGGCUCCAAGACACUGGGUUACAGGCUCCAGACCCUAUAGUAGACAU